AAGUGUAUCUGGAGGUUGAUUCCAAUUCAUUUCUUAUUAAAUGAUCAGAUCGAAGCCUGAUCCUUUGUAGCUAUUUAUUUUAGAUCUUCUUCCGUUUGAAUGGCGGUUGCUUCAGAGCUGCAGAAAAGAAAGCCAAGAAGAAGACACUUUCUUCUUCUUCUCUUGUAGUGGUGAUCGGCUAGCAUCAAACCCAAAGAAGAAUGUGAGUCAGGAUGAUUUGACUGCACAUGUCUGCCGUGUAGAAGUAUGUGGAGUUUUUAGUGAGGUGGUGAUUGGAGGUCGUCAUUCAGUGCCACCAGAAUAAGUCCACUUGGGACACUGAAUACUGCGUUCAGAAAAGGGUUGUGGCGUUGGAGGACCAGAACAUUUCUGGAGUAGAGAACACAAGGUUAGCCGCUGACGAUCAAGAUGUCCUGUCCAGCGCUGGAUAAGAAGAAGCAGCUCUUCUAGCUGGAGGAGGAUUUCCUGAGCCUGGGAUCGAUGACCGGGCCGAACUCCCCGAGCCGGACCGGCACGUCCCCGGCCAAGCUGAGCCGACACGGCCGGUCCAAGAGCAGCAGCUCGCACUGCCUCCUCCGCUGCAGCGCCCAGGACGAGCCGCCCGCCUCUCCGCCCAACAACAGCUCCCGGUCGCCGGGGGAGGAGGAGGAGAAGGACGGGGGGGUUCUCUUCUACGUGAACCGCGCAGGUUUCCCCAUCGAGGGCGUCACCUGGGAGAGGAUGUGGUCCCACGUGGCCGCCGUGCACCCCGAGGGCCAGGAGAUGGUGGACAGGAUACGAAACGCUGCGUAUCUCCCCAAGCACUCCGUCCCCUCCAUUCCCACCUUCAAACCGGCCAUGUCGGUGCCCGACUGGCUGGUGGCCAUCCAGAACUACAUGAAGGCUCUGCAAUACAACCACACAGGAACCCAGUUCUUUGAAAUCAAGAAGAGUCGUCCACUGUGUGGGUUAAUGGAGACAGCGAGAGAGAUGAUCAGGGAGUCUUUGCCAAUCAAAUGCCUGGAAGCCGUCAUCUUGGGAAUCUACCUGACCAACGGCCUGACGUCUCUGGAGCGUUUCCCCAUCAGCUUUAAGACCCAGUUCUCGGGCCACUGCUUCCACCACGUCGUUCUGGGCGUCUACUGCAACGGCCGCUACGGGUCGCUGGGCAUGAGCCGCCGCCAGGACCUGAUGGACAAGCCGCUGACGCACCGCACGCUGGGAGAGCUGGUGGCCGAGUUCGAGAGCUCCUACAAGAGAUACCAGCACACUCUGAAGAAGGUGAAGAUCGGCCUGUACGUGCCUCACGACCCCCACGUCUUCCAGCCAAUCGAGUGGAAGCAUUUGGUGCUGAACGUGGCCCGGCUCGGUGCUCAGGAAAUGAGGAAGGAGUUGGAGAAACACGGCCGGGACAUGAGGAUGAAGAUCCUAAAAUCAUCCAGCGCCCAGUCGCCAAUCAAAGAGCGGAGCCGGGGGAAAUCCUUGUCACCGCGGCGACGGCAGAGCAGCCCCCAGCGACGCUUCACACAGCGCAGAGACAAAUCGCCAGCCUCGGUGGAGAGGAAGCCUCCAGAGCUCAGCACUCUCAGUGACGGCUACCAGAUCCGCAUCUGAUUCCUCUCCUUCACCAACAAACGUCCUCAACGUCUUCACCCGCUCCUCGUUUCUCCCAGAGCCUCUACCGGACCACCAGCGUUUCAAAGACCGCUCACUGCAGCUACAGCAGCACAGACGAGGACGACGAGCACAUGGACUUAUGUGACAGGAGGAACUUUCUAGUAGCCGAGACUCUGAUUUCUGGUUUGUUUAGUAGCAACGUGUCCUUGAAGCAAACUCACCAUCACCGACACAUGUUUUUUAAACAUUUCAGUCAUGUAGCUGAGCGACGCGACAGCUGCCAAAGUUCUAUCACUUUUUUAACAUUUCAAAGUAUUUAAAGGUGCAGUCGUUAGGACGUAGAUGAACCAUAUCAACGAGUUACUGUGGUUUCAUUCCCUGAAAAUGUGCCCUUCAUAUCGACACAGAGCAGCCACCAGCAGCUUUUCUUUCUCAUUCAGAAAACAACUUCACCACUAGAUGGCACCAGAUCCAACACGCUGGACCUUUAAGUGUCCACACGCGUGAACAGGAAAACUAGAUACGAAUAUUUGAUUUAAUCUUGUGGUUAAAGAGACGAAUCGCCAUUUUGGAAGAGACACAACAAAUCAAAUCAACAAUUAUAAUCUACUCCUUUAGUUCCACUGCAGAAAGUUCAGGCUGCUUUGUCAGAGAUGAGUGUGGUGAUGAUGACUUUACAGAUUUGACAGUUUUUGUUGUCGUCUCUCCAACAUGGCGGUGUUCAUGAGUCUAAAUGAUCAAAGUCAUGCUUUACUUUUCCAAAAACCUCACUCAACCGACCAAAGUUUAAAUACGACGUCAGAGCAGAGCAUCGAUCACAGAGGACGGGUUUAGAAUAAGAACCAGGGAAAUAAAAAACGCAGUCGAUAGAGGGGAGAAAAGAGGAGAGGACGGGCUGCAGAUGAGAGGACGGACGCUGGAGCACUGCGGCAAAACUCCUUCCUUCCUCUCAUCCCCUCUUCUCGUCUCCCUCUGCCCUCUGCCCACUUAUAACAAGCACAGCUCGUUUCCUGACAUUCUCUAUGAACACAGGAGGAGUUUCCGUCCACAUUAGUGAAUUGAUUGAGCCGGUUAUUUACUGCGCGUGGUUGUGGAUGGAGGCAGCUGUAGGUUCAGCCUCAGGACGUUUUUACGAGCGCUCCUCUCGUUAAACAUGACCAUCAGCGUUAAAACGUCCGCUAUCAAUCUGUUCAAGUGGGUCCCAGCCAGAGGAGUUUCCCUUCAUUCACUCCCACUCAGCCCACCUGAACCUCACAUGACUCAGCUCUGUAGUGACCAGAUGUUCAUGUGUGAUCAGAGGAAAUCCUUUCUUUCUUCUGUGAAUGUUACUGUGAAACAAGGAGCGACUGAGUGAACGCUCCCUAACAAAAGCCUCAUUGAAGACAGACAGAAAGACAGAGGGAUGGAACAGUCAGUGCAGGUCAGCAGAUUGGAAGCAGUCAGCACAGUGAGGUCAGGACCUUCAAGACAUGUGGUCAGCAAAAAAAAAAACCUGGUGAAACCCAGAGGCCUUAUCUAGGAGACGUUCACCCAUUCAGCUGAUUCUGUAACGCGUUCACGUCUCUGUUCAGUCUGUGAUAUUUUCUUGGUGAAGCAGGACAGUUCUCAGAGCGGCUCCGUGAAGCCGAGUGACCUGUAAGCGUCCUUCAGUGCUGCAUGCACCACGUAUCACAAGGAUUGUCCAAAAAUAUCCAGUCAGCUUCAUAUCAGAGGCUUUUCUCCCGUCGAGGCCUUCGAUGAAUCUCAGCUCAUUGGUUCUCAGAAUAUCACACAUCAGUCCUCAGAGAUGAACCUGAUGCUCUGCUUCAGUCCUGCAAAGAUCCAGUCAGAAACUCGACACCGAUCUAUAAACAUCUACGCUCAGAUUCUGACUCAAACCAGGGGAUUCGUUGUAGUUUGUUUAGAACCAUAUAUAUCAGGUGUCAAACUGAUUUUAGUUCAGGGGCCACAUUCAGCCCAGUUUGAUCUCAGUAACACAACAAUGUCAUUACUCAUCACUGUCUGCUGUUCAGUCCUGGCUCUCAGAUCAGACCCUCCACAGGCCGUAUGUUUGACACCUGUGAUACAUAUGAUACAACUGCCUGUAGCAAUGGACAAUAGACUAAUUAUCCGAACGUUUAACUCGAGACGUUUCCUCUAAAACAAUCAAAGCACGAAGAUGAUCUCAUCUGAUUCCAGCUGAAAGAAGCAGCUCAGAAACACAAACCACAACACGUCUGUUCCAGCUGCAGCGUUUAUACUUUCACCUCCACAGAGAUGAUCCUGAACACCUGGAAAGUGUUGGGAGAAUAACGCACUGUGUGAUUCUUUUCUUCUUUUGGUCGUUUCAUCAUCAUCAGGAGGUUCCGCUGUUUCUCCGCUUUCCUUUGAAUGUGUCACAGUUCGCUGAUUCGCUCACACAACAACUGGAAACGUUUCACCCCAGCUUUUUGUUUCCACGAUGAGCUAUGCACACGGCGCGUUACAGCAAAAAAAACAUGAAACUGAUAUCCAAGUCUUCCACAGUUCAGAUGAUGGAGGAGGAAGGAGUCUGUGGUUCGAGCUUCACAAAAACACAGAGAAUGACAAGUCAAACCAAACAUCUGGAGCCGUCACUGAGGAUCAGCAGCAGACUCACACCUGACACCGACUCUCUGGCGUCUGCUAACAUACGGAACAAGCACAAAGCUGCUGUCACUUUUUCUGAGACAAACAAAGAAGUGAUGCAAUUUUCUUACCGAAGAAGAAACUUUUAGGACUCACCAACAACUCUUCACAGACACUGAAAAGCAACAGGGUUUAGACUCACGUGACCACGAAGACAAAAACACCCAAACAUUCUGGGAAUUUGACCCGACAACAGAGAAACUAUGUGGCUGCUCCGCGGGAACAUCACCAUGUAGCAGCUGUUUGACACAGACUCAGACUCAAUGUUUUCUGUUGCUUUCACUUUGAGUUGAUUGUAUUCUGUGAUUUUGAAUGAAGAAUCAUUUGUUUAAAAGAAAAAAAAAAGAGAAGAGCUCUUCUGAUUGUAGCAGGAGUUCUUUUCGAAGGCCUUUCAUUUAUUUCCAAGUGCUGAUGAGAUGAUUCUAAACUUACUGCACUGCUGGUUCCUCUUCAGUCUGUGCUUCUGGAGACGUAAUCAGUAAAAAACAAGAAAAAAAGAACAAAAAGAAGCUGAAUUUAUUUCAUUCAGCGUCCAUUUUCCUCUUUUUCCUGGACUCUGAUCCAUCUCUAACUACCUGGUGUCAAUUUAAAUGUGUCCACACGCGUCCUCAGCCAGCACUGCAGAUCUGAUCUCAGUUUGUGUGUAAAUAAGCAGCAGCGCCCCCAUGUGGUCAGUAGAAUAUUGUAUCAGCUGCUGUCUCUAAUGGAUCUCUACCUACCACUGGACCAGAACCAGGACCACAUGGGUGGUGACAUGAUCCAGAUUUAGGAACCAGAUGGAAAAACUCACCUGAAAUCACAAACAUUUAGUCCUGAUUCAUUUAUUUAUCUCCAGCCUGUUAGUGACUGAACUACCAGACCCCUCCUCUAAAUAUGACCUGAGAUCAGAUCGCUGUGUAAACUGGACCAGGAUGGGUUAGAGUUAGAGAGCUCAACACACUGCAACACAAAGUAACACACGUUAGUGAUGUCGUCAAUCUGCUGAUGAGUUGAUAAGAAGUGUCACUUUAUGAGGUCCCUGGAAACGUUUCAUCCUUGGAUCACGUUUUAUCUUUUCUUCUUUCUCUUCAGUAGCAUUGAGCUCCCUCUUGUUCUCUAGCUCCUGAUCAUAUCUGACAACUAUUUAACUCUGAAAACUGACCCGAAUGAAGAUCAACGUGUCCAGUUUAGUAUUUAAAGACUCUUCCAGUGCCUCGGCCGUAUGUGUUCAAUCCGUCAGUGGUGACUCUGGAUGAGCUGCGACAAAAACUCGUCCUCAACACGUUCACGUCAAGUAUCUCCUUCUUUUAUUUUAUUUAAAUGCUCUGAAAUGUUUUGUUUUCUCGUCACGAACAUUAAGAGCAGAUUUAUCUUUUCUUUGUGUGAUGAAGAAGUAAAGGGUCAAACGUCCCGAGUCCGUCCUGACCCGAGUGAAGCGACGUGGUUUUUUAUCGUGUGGAGAUCGACAGUAGGAGAAAAUGUAAUUAUUACUAUUAUUAUUGUUGUUAUUGUAACUCUCCUACUGCUCAAUGUUUUUAUCAACCACUGUAGCAGCAUGUGUUCUUUUAAUAAAUAAUCUAUGUUUUUAA